GCAGCAGCAUGCCGAGGAGAAAGCAGCAAGCGCCGCGGCGGUCAGCAGCCUAUGGACCUGAAGAUGAAUUUAAAGUGGACAAGCCUGAUAAAGAGGAACAUCUGCAAGAUGAUGGCCUUUCCCUCGAUGGCCAAGAUGCAGACUAUCUCUUCAAUGAUGAAGAGGAUGCCAGAGAAACUUACAGCUGCCAAAACUCUCCACUCAGCAAUGGUACUAACCCAGAUGCUGGGUAUGCUUCUCCUCUCAGUACCACCAGCGAUCAAUUAGUGGAUGUUAAGACCACCUCCUCCUCCUUCAAUGAUCAGGAGGGGAUCGAAGAAAAGCAUCAGGAAAGUAAAGAGUCCAUCAAUGGCCUCUCGCUACAGGACAGUCUGACAAAAAUGAAAGCCGUCUAUGCAAACUUGAUCUCAGAUGCUUCCUGGUCUAGCAUUGCCCUGGACAUGCUUAAAAGUAAACAAGGAACCCCUUUGGCUGCUAGCAAAGGCAGUGGUAGCAAUCACAAAGGGAUCAAUGGAUUUUUGGACAGCCACCGUUCAAGCAACUCUCAUGUAAAGAACAGAUGUAGCAGUAAUGACGCCUCGGCCACCACUAACAAUACCACCACCAGCACUCCUGCAAAAACAGUGUCAAGUAACAGCAACAGUGGCAUUAGCUCUGGAGGACUGGCCUAUGACUGGCAUCAGGCAGCUUUAGCUAAAACUCUACAGCAUACUCCAUACCAACUUCUUCCUGAGCCCAGCCUUUUCAGCACCGUGCAGCUUUACAGACAAAAUAAUAAACUUUAUGGCCCAGUGUUUACUGGAGCCAGCAAGUUUCGUUGUAAGGACUGUAGUGCUGCUUAUGACACCUUGGUUGGUCUAACUGUGCAUAUGAAUGAAACAGGCCACUAUCGUGAUGACAACAAAGAUUCUGAGGAUGAUCGAAGCAAGAGGUGGUCCAAGCCACGGAAGCGUUCCCUGCUAGAAAUGGAAGGUAAAGAAGAUGCCCAGAAAGUUCUCAAAUGCAUGUAUUGUGGCCACUCUUUUGAAUCCUUGCAAGAUCUUAGUGUCCACAUGAUCAAAACAAAACACUAUCAAAAAGUGCCUCUCAAAGAACCAAUGCCAGCCCUCACCUCGAAGCUGAUGCCACCAGCCAAAAAAAGAGUGUUUCAGGACUUGAUGUCUCCUAGUUCACCAGAGUCUGCCUCAUCAGGAAUAUUCCUGGGAGAUUCUACUAAAGACCAAAAAGUGUCUAAUCCCUAUGUCACUCCUAACAAUCGAUAUGGUUACCAGAAUGGUGCCAGUUAUACCUGGCAGUUUGAAGCACGAAAGGCACAAAUUCUCAAAUGCAUGGAAUGUGGUAGUUCACAUGACACUUUGCAACAACUGACGGCCCACAUGAUGGUCACAGGACACUUUCUUAAAGUGACAAAUUCAGCUUCUAAAAAGGGCAAGCAGUUAGUUUUAGAUCCGGUAAUUGAGGAAAAAAUUCAGUCGAUUCCUUUGCCUCCUACUACCACACGACUCCCUGCACCCAAUGGUAAGUCACAUCUCGACUCCCCAUUGCAACCUUCUAGCCCUGAAGAAAAACACGAGGAAACAAAAGAUAAUGAGACAGAGGAAGAGAGAAUAGAAGUAAGAGAGCCAGAGAAAAAAAUCAAGGAGGAAAAAGAAGAUAAUUUUGAAAAAAAUGAAAAAACUAUAAAAACCAGAUCUUACCGGUAUCUUACAGAAGAAGACUUAGAAGAGACACCUAAAGGUGGCCUAGACAUAUUGAAAUCUUUGGAAAAUACAGUUUCAAGUGCAAUCAGCAAAGCACAAACAGGAGCACCAACCUGGGGAGGAUAUCCCAGCAUUCAUGCUGCCUAUCAACUUCAUGGGUCUUUGAAGUCUACCUUGCCCUCAUGUGCACCAAUUCAGCCAAUGUUCAGCAGCACCAGUUUGAAGGUAAUGUCUUCUGAUAUAGGUUCCCUGAUUCAUUCACCAAAUAGCCCGUCAUCACCUCUAAGUCACAAGAGCAAUGUACUGGCCAUGGAGGAGCUGGUGGAAAAAAUGACAGGAAGUAAUUCUGUAAGUAAUGAAAAGGAGGAAAAGUCUGCUGAGAGUAAGUGUAGAUUGACAAAGUCUCCAAUGCCAAAUUCCAAGGACAAACGGACUUCACCCAAUCCAGAAAAUGUAUCUAAAGCAGCAAAAAGCAUUGCAGUUGAAGCUCAGGUUGAUCCAAAAUGUAAAGGAGACCAAACAGAAACUGCAAUUGAUGUAAAUAUAAAAAGUGAGUGUGAAUCACCAAAAAAACAUGUUAGCAAUGGCUGCAAUAACCUAAGCAUUAUCACUGAUCACUCGCCUGAGCAACCGCUUGUCAGUCCUCUUAGUGCUUUGCAGUCUGUCAUGAACAACCACUUGGGGAAAGCUUCAAAGGUGGCCACAGCCUCUAUGGACCCCUUUGCAAUGCUCUAUAAGAUGAGCAACACUACUCAGAGUAAACAAGCAGAGCCUGUGGGUCAGUAUCAUGAUGACAAUGAUCAGCCAAUAGACUUAACAAAAUCCAAAAACAGCAAUGCCUGUUCAGUUAAGGCUGUUUCCACAACGCCAAAUAACAACAGUGGCAAAACAAUUUUCAAAAACUUCUCUUCAUCAUCCUCACCUCUUCGAGAGAAUGCAUUGAUGGAUAUUUCAGACAUGGUGAAGAAUCUAACUGGCCGUUUAACACCAAAGUCCACAACACCAUCUUCUAUCUCUGAGAAAUCAGAUGUAGAUGGUUAUACUUUUGAGGAUAGCAUGGAGGAACUGUCACCCAUUCAAAGAAGAAAAGGCCGCCAAUCAAAUUGGAAUCCCCAGCAUCUCCUUAUUCUCCAGGCUCAAUUUGCCUCCAGUCUUCGAGAAACUUCAGAGGGAAAGUUUGUUAUCAGUGACCUGGGACCCCAAGAACGAGUCCACAUCUGUAAAUUCACUGGUCUUUCCAUGACUACUAUCUCACAUUGGCUGGCCAAUGUGAAAUACCAGUUAAAGAGGACAGGGGGCACAAAAUUCCUCAAAAACAUUGACUCUGGGCAACCUCUGUUUUUGUGCAGUGACUGUGCUUCCCAGUUCAUGACUCCCUCAUCCUAUAUUAACCAUUUGGAGUCUCAUCUUGGAUUUACCCUAAAGGACCUCUCAAAGCUUUCCAUAGACCUACUAGAGCAGCAGGCAGUCAGCCGAAUAGAAGACAAAACUUGUCCUUCAUCUGGACUUACAGAAGAAGACUCUGGCUCAUUAUAUCAGUGCAAGCUGUGCAAUCGGACAUUUGUGAGCAAACACGCAAUCAAAUUGCACCUUUGUAAAACACAUGGAAAGUCACCAGAAGACCAUCUCUUCUUUGUGAAAGAACUUGAAAAGUUUGAUAAACAGUGAAAUUGGUGAUGGCAUGACAGAUCAUCAUUGCACUAAAGCACCAAUCCCAAUUCACCCCAUACCCCUAAUCUUUAGCACUAUGUUUUGCAAGUUCACAUGGUUAAAGUAAUGGUGUUACAAUCCCUUUGGAGAUGUAGGAGGAGGG